AUGGGUCAGCCUCGGGAAAAGCGUCCGGCUCCAUCUGCAGAUGACUCAUUGAGUUCUGACCCUAAUCUGGAUGAUGAACAAAAUUUCCGAACUUUAUUGGCUCAAGUGGUCGCUGACAAUAAAGUGCUCAAACAAGCCUAUGAAGAUUUGAACUCCCGUUUGUCUCAAUUUCUAGAGAUAAACUCUGGUCUCGUCGCUGAGAAUUCUCGUCUCGUAUCCGAAAAUGAAGCUCUACGAAACCUCAAUCGCUCACUUCAGCAAAAUACUCGCUCCUCUACACCAGCCAAAUCUUCGCCAACGCUGCCUGACAACCUUGCCCGACUUUCAUCUCAAGUCAAAAUGACCCAUGAGCUUGCGUCAAUGAGAGAAAAAAGCUUUCAAGCAGUCAUAGAACGCCUUGACGACUCAAAAACUCCUGCCCAGGACAAGAACGACAGAGAUUUCGUCGACGCCAUAUGUGCUGAAGCCGGUAUUCCGUGCCCGGAUGAAGUUUUUCGACACCAGUGUGAUGCCAAACGCAGGCCGCUGAAAAUUCGAUUCGGUUCUACUUACAACCGUGAUAUUUUCAUUCGUCGUUUUCGCCAUUCUGUUCCGGUCGUCAGUCUCUCGUGUCCCAUGAAUCCUCGCUGCAGACGCGACAUGACGCUAACGGAGUUAUCCCUUCUCCGCUCCCUGAGAAAAAAGGCUUACGAAGAUAACGCUAAGGCUGGAAUCUUUAAGUACUUUGUUAGAGACCUUGAAAUCGUCGAAACUGAUAAACCUAGAAAGUUUGUAGUUUCAACGAAGAUCAAAAGAUCCGUCCAUUGUCAUUUCCCCGUCUUCAGCGCCUUCUUCCUUGCCUGA